AUGCAGACUGCUUCUACAAACAUUUGUGAAAGACUGUGCAAUAAGUCCAUCCGUGAAAUUUCCUUGCUACUAAAUAUUCCACGGUCAACUGUUAGUGGUAUUAUAACUAAGUGGAAGCAACUGGGAACAACAGCAACUUAGCUACAAAGUGGUAGGCCACGUAAAAUGACAGAUCUGGGUCAGAGCAUGCUGAAGCGCACAGUGCGCAGAAGUCACCAACUGUCUGCAGAGUCAAUAGCUAAAGAUGUCCAAGCUUCAUGUGGCCUUCAGAUUACCACAAAAAUAGUGUAUAGAGGGCUUCAUGGAAUGGGUUUUCUGUGGCCGAGCAGCUACAUUCAAGCCUUACAUUGCCAAGUGCAAUGCAAAGCGUUGGAUGCAGUGGUGUAAAGCAAGCCACCACUGGACUCUAG